CCGCUGGGCAUCGACCACCUGGCGCCCAACAUGGAGCGCAUGGGCCCGGCCAUGGAGCGGAUGGGCUCGGGCAUCGAGCGCAUGGCACCGCUGGGCAUCGACCACCUGGCGCCCAACAUGGAGCGCAUGGGCCCGGCCAUGGAGCGCAUGGGCUCGGGCAUCGAGCGCAUGGCGCCGCUGGGCAUCGACCACCUGGCGCCCAACAUGGAGCGCAUGGGCCCGGCCAUGGAGCGCAUGGGCUCCGGCAUCGACCGCAUGGGCUCCGGCAUCGGCUUCGGCAUCGACCGCAUGGGCGCUGCCAUCGACCGCGUGGGCACCGCCAUGGACCGGAUGGGCUCGGGCGUGGAGCGCAUGGGCUCGGGCAUGGAGCGCAUGGGGCUGGGCAUCGAGCGCAUGGUGCCCGCCGGGAUGGGCGCGGGCAUGGGGCAGGUCCUGGAGAGGAUGCCGGCGGGGCUGGAGCGCAUCGGGGCGCCGCCCAUGGAGAGGAUGGGCCUGGAGCGCAUGGGAGCCGCCGGCAUGGAGAGGAUGGGCCUGGAGCGCCUGGGAGCCGCCAACAUGGAGAGGAUGGGCCCCCCCCUGGGGCAGGGCAUGGGAGCGGGCAUCGAGCGCAUGGGACUGGCCAUGGGCAGCAACUUCGAGAGGCCCAUGGACAUGGAGCGGGGCAACUUCGCCGGCAACUUCGCGGGACCCCUGGGAGGAGCCGGCGGCCCCGCGGCGGGGGUGGCCCGGAAAGCCUGUCAGAUCUUCGUCAGGAACCUGCCUUUUGAUUUUACAUGGAAAAUGCUGAAAGAUAAAUUUAAUGAAUGUGGUAAGUGAUUUAUUUCUCCCUGGUAAUUCCUGGGAGAAAUGAAUAGGAAUAUGUGGCCAGUUCCUAACCCAGUCAACACCUGCUUUUCCAAAGCUUUUGUCCCCUUUUCCAUCUCUGGGUUGGGUUUAUCCUGUGGAUGAAACCUAAGAGCCCCUUCCAGGGCCUAAAGGGGCUCCAGGAGAGCUGGAGGG